AAAAAAUAUAUAAGAAAGAUUCAAGGACGUGAAAAGCUCUGCAACCGCUACAAGCUCAUCCAUGGCGACUAUAACCACCACCGCUACUUCCUCCGUUUGUUCAUCUCCAAUCCCAACAAUUUCUCCGUCUCUCAGAACCCACCACCAAUGCCAACAGCCCUCGAAUCCUUCAUCUCUUUCUUCCCUAAAAUUGAGUUUGAGUUUCGUCUCCGGCGACUCUGUGGCCGUGGAGGGAGCUCCGGACAUGGAGAUGCUGGAGAGAGCGGCAAGGAGAUCUGUGAAGGAAUCGGAGAAAUGGGUAUUUCACGGUGAUGGAAUUGAGAAGAGGAGGAGGAAGAGAAGACGAAGACGAAGGGGUUUUGAGGGUUUGUACUCGGAGGAGGAGGAGGAGGAAAUCGGUGGUGAAGAAACGAAAGUAGACGAUGAUAGAGCUUCGAUUGGGCCUUCACGAUCUGGGUUUUUGAGCCGUGAGGAGGAGGCUGAGCUUUGCUUGCGUCUUAAGGAAGGAGCAAAACUUGAAACCUAUGGGACAAGAGCAGAAGAUGCUCAAGGCAAUGAAGUGGCAUCAGUUCGGUUGUCCGGUGGCAGAGGGAAGAAGAUACGUUUGGAUGAGAUAUUACACCGAAGAAGAGAAGCGAGAGAAAAGCUUACUCGUUGUUACAAGAGACUCGUCGUCUCUAUCGCCUCUGCCUACCAGGACAGAGGGUUGAACCUCCAAGACCUAAUUCAGGAAGGAAGCAUCGGUCUGCUCCGAGGAGCUGAGAAAUUCGACCCGGAAAGAGGGUACAAGCUCUCGACAUACGUCUACUGGUGGAUAAAACAAGCUAUUCUCAAAGCUAUCGCUCACAAUUCUAGAUUAGUGAGAUUACCGGGAAGCAUGUGGGAGCUGAUGGCAAAAGUUACAGAAGCAAGCAAUGUCUUGAGCGGAAGCCUAAGACGGGCACCCACUUGUGAAGAGAUAGCAAAUCACCUCAACCUGCACAUCUCAUCCGUGAGGCUGGCUCUUGAUCGGACCAGAUCUCCUGCUUCGUUGGACCGACAAGCCUCUGAUAGAGGUCGGAUGACCUUACAGACAUGGGCACAGGAGAUUGUGCAAGGGCCGGAUGAAACGACGCCUGAGUACAUGUUGAAAAGGAGACUCGUGAAGAAGGGGAUCAAGAAACUUCUAGAAACUCUCACGGAGAGAGAAUCUCGGGUGCUGAGGCUGUAUUUCGGGCUCAAUGGAGAGACUCCGAUGUCUUUUGAAGAGAUCGGGAAGAAGUUGAAGCUUUCGAGAGAGAGGGUUAGGCAGAUCAAUGGCAUUGCUCUAGCAAAGCUACGGAAUGAACAUAAUGUGAACGAUCUGAAAAUGUACUUGUGAAACUCCUUCAGUGAAUAAAAAAAGUAAAGAGCUUUCUGUA